UUAGAAAAAAAAAAACGUAACGUAAUGGGAAGACGACAAUCCACUACUCGAACCCAUGGUUGCUAAAGUAUCAUCAAAACGACGCCGUUCCGGAUUUUGGUUAGUAUACUUGAUCACCCUUUGUGGGCCCACCAGUCGAACCAGCUUUUGAACGUCAACCUUUUACUCCCUCCUAAUUCCCUACAGAUUACACCAUGAAUGGACCAGUCGGCGGACGGAUUUCGGGCGGCAUUGACGGCGGAGGCACCACGUCAGGCGGAGGCGGAGGUUCCCAGACCGGCGUCCUACGAGGCGGUGGUUUUGGAAUAUCAGGAGACGGCGGGGACGGCAAUGGAGGGUUGGGAAAAUCAGGGGUUGGAUUAGGCGGUGGAUCAUUCGGCACUUCCAGCGGGAUACUACCAGGUUCAAUUUCUGGAGUUUCAGGUUUUGCGGGAGAAAGUGAGCGGAUUAGCGCCGAUUUUAUUUUGAUCGAUUUCGGAUAGCAAAACACAAUUGGUUUCUUCAUAAGAGUCGUAGAGAUUGCGGAGAAGACACUGUUGCUCACCAUUUUCUUCCCUGCAAAUAUCUCUGAAGCACAAACAUUUCAUACGUAUACGUUCUUCGAAGGAAACCAGUAUUAUAUGUGUAGGAUUUGUAUAGCCACACGUGUGAACAGGUCGACACGUGUAAGUCUGGUUUUUCGAACAGGUGGCUGUCUCUAUUUAUGGUAUUGACUAAUUCCGAA